AUGGCUUCUAGGAAACUCGUUCCGACCCCUGUAGAGGGCUACCUACAUAGAGCGUCUCCCCAGUCUGCUGGCGUCUCCCUCCCAUCCCCCCGUCUCCUCUCCCUCCCGCCCCGCCGUCUCCUCUCCCUCCCGUCCCGCCGUCGCCUCUCCCUCCCGUCCCGCCGUCGCCUCUCCCUCCCGUCCCGCCGUCGCGUCUCCCUCCCGACCCGUCGUCGCCUCUCCCUCCCAUCCCCCCGUCGCCUCUCCCUCUCCCAUCCCGCCGUCGCCCUUCCCUCCAACUUCGCCGUCGCCUCUGGCAACAGGUCACGGAGCGAGCUGGUGCGCGAGCGCGAGUCUCUGAGGCAUCGUGAUUUGCAUGGAGAGAAAGGGGGCGCGAAUGAGAGCGUUCGCACGCGAGCGAGCACGCUGACGCCUAUCGCACUGGCGCCUAACGCGUUGGCGCUUAGCGCUCUGGCGACAAGCGCGCUGGUGCCUAGCGCGCCGGCGCAUAUCGCGCUGACGCCUUGCGCGCCGGUGCCUGUCGCGCUGGCGCCUAGCGCACUGGCUCUUAACGCGCUGGCGCCCGGCGCGCUGGCGCCUAGCGCUUUGGCGCCUAUCGCGCUGGCGCCUAGCGCGCUGAAGCUUAACGCGCUGGCGCCUAACGCGCUGAGAGAGCACGAGAGAAAGAGAGCGCGUGAGGGUGCGCGCGUGCGAGAGCGCGUGACGGAGCGCGUGAGAGAGCGCGUGAGAGAGCGCGUGAGAGAGCGCGUGAGAGAGCGCGUGAGAGAGCGCGUGAGGGAGCGCGUGAGAGAGCGCGUGAGAGAGCGCGUGAGAGAGCGCGUGAGGGUGCGGGUGAGAGUGCGCGUGAUAGUGCGAGUGAGAGUGCGCGUGAGAGAGCACGUGAGAGUGCGUGCGUGA